UGCAUAAGUGGUGCGCGCAAUCAAAAGAAUCUAGACUGACGCGGUACACCAGUGACAAGGUUCUAAAAGCAGGCGGCUAAGGCAACUCAAAUGAUCCUGGCUGCCCCUUCGCUCCGCCAAGGCCGGGCGCAGUCGUGGCCCUUAAAGUCACGCCCAUCCUUUGGCGAGAAGAAUUCAGCCCUUCCUGAAACCCUUUUACCAGUAUCAUGGAUACAUUUAAGCACUUCGGUCACCGGAUCAAGGGGACGACUGAGUCCGGUAAGUUAUCUUCCAACAGGAAGACAGACUCAGCGAAGGCAAGCCAAAGAAAAGACCAUAUUGCAGACGCGAAUCCAGAGCCGGAUCGGCGCCUCGAAUUAAGAAAGGAAGAAAAUCAAGUUGGAUCGGGCGCUUCGAUAAGGAGGACGGGGUCUACGAACGCAUCUGCAAGCCCAAGAUAUACUCCGCAAUAUCCUCCACGCCCGAUCGUCGGUGCGAACACAGGCAAACAACCCGAGAAUCAGCUAUGCAUGACGAAAUCAGCGACACAAAACCUCCAGGCAUCUACGCGAGAAGGAUUUGUGAAAGACGGUACUAUCUCUCAACAGCGAGCGCUCACUACGGCAACGACAGAUUCCAAAGUCGCGCGUGAGGAUCUUUUCAGGUUGAUGACACAAUUCAUGGAUCGUGGUGAACAGCUGGAACACGACAUAGCUGAGAGAAAUACCCAGUUGCAACAGCUUGAAGGUUGUUUACACGACCUCGAGUUGUCACUAAAGAAGAGCCAAUUGAAAGCGGAAGAUUUGCAAGCUGAAAAUGCAAAACUCCGACACGGCUGGAACCAAGCCACAGUUGCGCUUGGUAGAGCUCAGCUCCAGAAUGCAAAUUAUAAGGUGGACGAUGCAGCUAUACUGGGACAGUAUCAAGAGCUUAUCUUUGACGUUUCAAGUUGGGCAAGUACUUACUGUGCUACGGACCUGAACAAAAGUCUUUCAGACUCAGAUGUGGUUCAUCUGCGUUCCAUAACCAUGGCACCCGAAUUGUAUCUGCGUCUUAAAAGAAGCCAACCUCUACUAUUGAGAAGCUUACUUAUGAAGAUGCUUGUGGACACAAUCCUGAGUGUCGGUCCCGAGCAGGGAAUGUGGUGGGCAGGUAGCUGCAAUCAGGGAAUGCGUUCUAUGUAUCUUACCUUACAGCCUGCUGAACCAAAUGUGAUCCCAUCACUUUUACAGACGGAGGCUUUGCGAUUGACAGAUGUGAAAGCUUUCAGUCAAUGGAAGGCCAAGAGUGCCAUUCUACUUUCUGAACGCGACGAAGAAGCUGCAGUGGAUAUCAACAUUAACAUGUUACUGAGGAGCUGGCAACAAACAUUGGCUCCGUACGUUCAAAACAACAAAGCUGUCUGGAUCGACCUCGAGGAUAUCAUCCGAAAAGCGGUCGAGUUGGACCGAGAGUUGAACAAGUCCAGAGCAUUGUUCGUUGUUCAGCGUUGGUCCGUCGAUAUGAUGACGACGCUUGACCCAAGGAUCUUUGAAACGCCGAUGGAAUUUCAGGAGGCACAUGCGGGCCUGAAAGUUGAGCUAGUGCUGGCACCUUGCAUUACAAAAACAGGUAACGCGGAUGGCGAUGCUUUCGAGAGUAUGUCGCAUAUCUCGAAGUGGGUUGUUGUUGGUUCCGAGAACCGGGAGAUGAUGAAAAAGCAACGAGGCUGAGGGCUUGAUUUUGGCCCUAGAAAGGAGAACUACGUGAGGUGUACGGCUUCUCCAUCGCGACUGCCUGCGGAUCUGGAUAGCCUCAUUCUCUCACUUGCAGUUGUUAUUACGUUACAACUAUUCUUC